AUGGAGUUUGCAAUGGUGGGUGCGGAAAGCGGCGGGUGCAACAGCCACCUGCCCUACGGAUACGCCCAGGCGCGCGCCAGGGAGCGCGAGCGCGAACGGGAGAGGCAGGCGCAGUCGCGCGCGGCGGCUGCUGCUGCUGCGGCGGCGGCGGCGGCGGCUGCCGCGGCCGCCGCGGCUGCAGCCUCCGAAGCAGGAUCGGCGGCUGAAACAGCUGUUUCCUGCGCGCAUCACACCCAGCAGCAGCAGCAGCAGCACCAUCAGUCUCGCGCCGCCUCCUUAUCGCGUGCCAGCAGCGGCGGCGCCGCCUCGCGCCCCUCCUCCUCCUCCUCCUCCUCCGCGCAGCAAGUCGCCGAGCAGCAGCAGCAACUUGUCAGAAAGAGGAAGAGGCGCCGGGUCGCAGAGUCGCGUCGGAGAAGUCGUCCGAGCCUCGGCGGAGAUUUGCGCCACUCGGAGUUGGCGCUCCUGGGUUCUGAGGAGGACGUAAUGAUAGAGGAGGAGGACGAGGGCGAGGAGGAGGAAGAGGCAGAGGUAGAAGAGGACCGAACGGAAGAGGAAGAGAACGGCGGACGGGGCACCCAGGAGCCCAGAGGCAAAAGGAAAAGUUUUCUGUCCGCCAUGGGUGAUGAGGAGGAGACGGUGUCCCUCACAGACAGGCGCCCGCAGUCAGGCUAUGAGAGCACUUACGGCGAGCAGGGCUGCUGCGAGCGCGUGGUCAUUAAUGUGUCUGGCCUGAGGUUCGAGACGCAGCUUAAAACCCUCUUGCAGUUCCCAGACACGCUCCUCGGAGAUCCCGACAAGCGCAUCAGGUACUUCGACCCGCUGAGGAACGAGUACUUCUUCGACAGGAACCGGCCGAGCUUCGACGCCAUCCUCUACUACUACCAGUCUGGCGGCAGGUUGAAGAGACCUGUCAACGUGCCCUUUGACAUCUUCUCUGAGGAGGUCAAGUUCUAUGAGCUGGGUGAAGAGGCUCUGCUCAAGUUUCGGGAGGAUGAGGGCUUUGUCAAGGAGGAAGAGAAGCCUCUGCCAGAAGAUGAGUUCAAACGUCAAGUUUGGCUCCUUUUUGAGUACCCUGAGAGCUCGAGCCCAGCCAGGGGCAUCGCCGUGGUGUCCGUGCUGGUCAUCAUCAUAUCCAUCGUUAUUUUCUGUCUGGAGACUCUGCCUGAGUUCAGAGAUGACAAAGAGUUCUUUAACAGGGGUGUCAACUCCACGCACCCCGACAACGGGUUUACACCUUUCAACGACCCCUUCUUCAUCGUGGAGACGGUGUGCAUCAUUUGGUUCUCCUUCGAGAUCAUUGUGCGCUUCUUUGCCAGCCCCAGUAAAGCAGCUUUCUUCAAGAACAUCAUGAACUCAAUUGACAUUGUGUCUAUUCUGCCUUACUUCAUCACCCUCGGCACAGAUCUUGCCCAACACCAAGGUAACGGACAGCAGGCCAUGACCUUUGCAAUUCUGAGAAUAAUUCGACUGGUCCGAGUUUUCCGGAUCUUCAAGCUUUCCAGGCACUCCAAGGGUCUGCAGAUCCUUGGACACACCCUGCGAGCCAGCAUGCGUGAACUUGCCCUGCUCAUCUUUUUCCUGGUCAUUGGGGUCAUACUGUUCUCCAGCGCAGUGUAUUUUGCCGAGGCGGACGAACCAACUUCCCAGUUCACCAGCAUCCCUGACGCUUUUUGGUGGGCAGUGGUUACCAUGACAACGGUUGGGUAUGGGGACAUGAAACCGAUAACAGUUGGGGGUAAAAUAGUUGGGUCUCUUUGCGCCAUUGCUGGGGUCUUGACCAUCGCCCUCCCCGUGCCCGUCAUCGUGUCCAACUUCAAUUACUUCUACCACAGAGAGACAGACAAUGAAGACCAACCGCCAGUGGUGCAAAACACACCUCCUUGUCCUUAUUUCCCGGGAAAUUUCCUCAAGAAAUUCAGGGGUUCACCAGCAGCGUCCUCUGUGGGGGACAAAGCUGAGUACAUGGAGAUGGAGGAAGGGGUCACUCAAUCUUUGUGUGGCCUGGACAAGCAGAGCCCCAACAAAGGAAAUGGUACAGAAAUAGUGCGGAAAAACAACACGACUCCCAAAUCACUUCAAACCGAUGUGUGAUUGCGAGAACCUGCUGGUAAAGAGGCGCUUUGUCCGUCUCAACACUGUUCACACAGGCCCCGGGUCUAAGGUACAAGAGUUACACACCUAGAAUCCAAUUAUUUUUACAUACAUUAAUGUCAGUUCCGCAGACUUUGAUAUUCCUUGCACGGAUUCCCUUCAAAAUAUAUUAUCAUAUU